GAAACAGGCGCCUCCCGUUUCCCUCUAGCUUUAAGAAGACCAAAGUGAAAGGAUUUGAGUUCAGAGCAGAUCCACAGCUGGCUGCAGGAGGAGAGCUUCUUACAAACGAGUCAACCAUCGAAUAUAUAAAAGUGUGAACAUGGAGCAAGUACUGGCGCCUUUGAGGGAGUCUGUGAAGCAACAGGGGGAUUUGGUGCACGAGCUAAAGGCGAAAGGCGCCAACGAGCAGGAGCUGAACAAAGCUGUUGCAGAACUGAAAGCCCGGAAGAAGAUUCUGGAAGCAAAAGAGCUAGCUUUGCAGCCCAAAGAUGACACGGUGGACAGAGUGAAGAUGGAGGACACCUUAAAGAGGAGAUUCUUCUACGAUCAGGCUUUUGCCAUAUAUGGAGGUGUGAGCGGCCUGUAUGACUUCGGCCCUGUCGGCUGCGCCCUGAAGAACAACAUCCUGCAGGUGUGGAGGCAGCACUUCAUCCAGGAGGAGCAGAUCCUGGAGAUCGACUGCACCAUGCUCACCCCCGAGCCCGUCCUCAAAACGUCGGGGCACGUGGAUAAGUUUGCAGACUACAUGGUGAAGGACGCCAAGACUGGAGAGUGCUACCGCGCCGAUCACCUGCUCAAAGCUCACUUAAAACAACUGAUGUCUGAUGAGAAAUGCUCUGCAGAGAAAGUCGCCGAGUUGGAGGACGUCAUCACUCAGAUGGAUAACUACACUCAGCAGGAGCUGGCCGACCUCUUUGUGAAAUACAACGUGAAGUCUCCGUCCACAGGAAAUGACCUCACACCUCCGACCUCCUUCAACCUGAUGUUCCAGACGUCCAUCGGACCAGGAGGGAACAUGACGGGCUAUCUGAGGCCUGAAACUGCUCAGGGAAUGUUCCUCAACUUCAAGCGUCUGCUGGAGUUCAACCAGGGAAAACUUCCCUUCGGUGCCGCUCAGAUCGGAAACUCCUUCAGGAACGAGAUCUCUCCUCGCUCUGGACUCAUCCGUGUCAGAGAGUUCACCAUGGCUGAGAUCGAGCACUUUGUGGAUCCAAACGAGAAGAACCACCCUAAAUUCUCCAACGUUGCCGACCUGGAUAUUCUGCUGUUUUCUUCCAAGGCUCAGACCAGUGGUCAGUCUGCACAGAUCACGAGGCUGGGGGACGCUGUGGAGCAGGGGGUGAUCAACAACUCAGUGUUGGGUUACUUCAUUGGAAGGAUCUACCUCUAUCUGAUCAAAGCCGGGCUGUCCAAAGACAAAGUGCGCUUCCGUCAGCACAUGGAGAACGAGAUGGCUCACUACGCCUGCGACUGCUGGGACGCUGAGUCCAAAACAUCCUACGGCUGGAUUGAGAUCGUUGGAUGUGCUGAUCGCGCCUGCUACGAUCUGACGUGUCACUCCAAAGCCACGAAGGUCCCUCUAGUGGCCGAGAAGCCCCUGAAAGAACCCAAAGUGGUAAACGUUGUCCAGUUUGAGCCCAAUAAGGGAGCCAUAGGAACUUCCUACAAGAAAGAUGCGAAACUGGUUCUGGAGUUCCUGGCCGGGUGUGACGAAUGUUACAUCACCGACCAGGAGAAGCUCCUCACGGAAAAAGGAGAGUUCAGCAUUGAGACACAGGGACGGACAUUCAAAGUGACCAAAGACAUGGUCAGUGUGAAGCGGUUCCAGAAGACUCUGCACGUGGAGGAGAUUGUUCCCAAUGUAAUCGAGCCGUCCUUUGGCAUCGGCAGGAUCAUGUACUCCAUCUUCGAGCACUCGUUCCGCAAGAGGGAGGGCGACGAACAGAGGACGUAUUUCAGCUUCCCUGCCACUGUGGCUCCGUACAAAUGUUCCAUCCUUCCUCUGAGCCAAAAUCAGGAGUUCACGCCAUUUGUCCAGCAGUUAUCCGACGCGAUGACUAAAAACAACGUGUCCUACAAAGUGGACGACUCUUCAGGAUCCAUCGGGAGACGCUACGCCCGCUCAGACGAGAUCGGGGUGGCGUUCGGCAUCACCAUCGACUUCGACACGGUGAACAAGACGCCUCAAACCGCCACGCUGAGAGACCGAGACUCCAUGAGGCAGAUCAGGGCCGAGGUCGCUGAGUUGCCAGCGAUGGUUCGAGAUCUGUCUAACGGCACCUUGAAUUGGGUCGAGGUGGAGAAAAAGUUCCCCAUCUUUGAAGGACAAGAGACCAGCAGCAAGAAGGAGUAGCCAGACUGGGACUCAACAGAAGAUUUCACAUAUUACCAAAGCUUAUGCAUUUUAUAUUUUAUACCUAGGAAUGUGUUUUCUCUUUGGGAGUUGCAGUUAUAGCUCUGCUCAGACAUACAGUAUAUACUCCCAAAUGAUGAGCAGCACUGAUACCUUGAAAGUAAGAAACAGCCAGGUGGAGUUAAGUUUCUUUAAAAGCUUUUGUAUACGUUUAAUAAACUAUAUACUGUACUUCA